AUGGAGAAGUCAUCCUCCGAGCCCGUCCUCCCACAGGAGGACUAUGCGGUGCCCUGUCAUGGCGUCGGCGACACGGGUCAUGCCAAACGAGUGACGCAUGGAGCCAUGUCCAAGGAUGACGGAACUUUCUCGAGCAGAAUCAACCAGAUCCAGAAAGCGGCCCUGAAAGCUCCCGGUCCUGGCAAGUACAUGGGCCACGAGGACUGGAGGCUGAAUGGUGGCAGCAGGUUUGCCAAGAAGGAGCGUGGGUACAAGCCGAUGCACAAGAAUCCAGAUCCGACAACGUACGAGCGCAAGGACUUCUUUCAGUUCCCGAGCAACCGCGGCAAGGACUGUUUGUCUCAGAACCGCCGCGUAGUCUUUGGUCGAAUGCCCAAAGGGAACCGGCGGUCGUUCUUGGAUGGGGCAACGCGCCAUGGGAAGGAGGUGCCAGCGCCCGGACACUACACAAACAAGCAAGUGUGUUCUAACCGUCUGAAUACCAAUCCAUGCGGUGUCACUAGCUGGAAAGUGGAAGAAGCCGCCGCUGGCAAAGUAGCACCCGACAAAACACUCGCACCCAACCACUACACCAUCAACUACAACCAGGUGACGGACAAGCAGGCAACCUAUACCGUCCCUAAGGAAAAGGCCUCCAACUUCCUGGACAAGGUCGUGAAAGAGAAGUGGAUCGAUGUAAGGUGCGGCAGCGUGAGAGCCGACAGAUCAACACAAGCCGUGAUCCAAGAGCAGAAGACUCUUGUCAGGAUCAUGUGGGUAUCGAGCCGAGCCCGGGUUCGCUUUUGUUUUUUCUUCUGCAUGGCAAAGCGAGUCUGGCAGAGCCGCCGCGUUGUGGGUCUGAGGAACAGCAAGCUCACGCACCUGCUGUCCGACUCCUUGACCGGCAACUGCAGGACCGUCAUGGUGGCCUGCGUCUCUCCGGCUUCGUCGGUUGUGGCCUCGACAGAGUCUGCACUGCGUUUUGCCUCGACGUGUCGACGAGUCUUCACGCAUCCUGCGAGAAAUGAGGAAAGCAAGGACGAGAUGGCAACAGCACUCCGCACAGAGCUGGAUGAGCUUGGGAGAGAACUGGGAGCUGCCCAAACUGCGGAAGGGAGGCGCGACCUGGCGGAGCGCUUCGCAACGGCACAGCUGCUCGUGGACCAGUACACGCAAAGUUGGGAAGAGCAGGAGGCGAGCUCAAAGGCACUCGACUUUGAGCGACGCCAGCUCCUUUCCAGCCUGGGCCUGGCCUUGAAAGGACCAGGAGCGAAGGCCUCUGCGAAGCCGAAGCAGCGCCCGACGACACACAGAGGUGUGCAGACACCUCUGUCUAGGAGAGCGGUUUGUUCCAGCAUGGGCCAGAUAUGCUCUUUGACUCGAUAUCUCAGGAUGCCGGAGUACGAGCUCUUUUACUGGCCCAUCACCGGUCUGGGUGAGCCGAUCAGGCUGACUUUCAUCAUCGGUGGAAUUCCCUUCAAGGACACUACGCCGAAGACUGACGAGAAGUUCAACGACAGGAAGGUGGCAUUGCACCCGUAUGCGCCUGAUGCCACCGGCCUGCCGAUCUUGACCAUCGACGGCAAAGCGUAUGCUCAAAGCCGCGCCAUUCUGCGCUACGUCGGCCGCAUUGCGCAGUACGAGGGCGCGGCUCUGUAUCCCACAGAUCCGAUGGAACAGUUGGAGUGCGAUGACUACAUCGAGCUGGGAGAGGACCUGCGGAUGCCUAUCCUUUCAACCUUCCGCGUCGAAGACCAGAAGGAGAAGGAGGCCGCGCGUGCGGCUCUGGUUGGGCCAGAGGGAGGUGUGACCAAGUUCUUGAAGGUGCUCGACAAGAAGCUGGGAGACAAUUUUCCGACGAAGCUGAACAUCGGAUGCAUUUACGUCUGGUGUAUUACGACCAUCUUUCGGCAACCUACUUUCCUGGAUGGCAUUCCGGCGGAUGCUCUUGCUCCGUAUGCGAAUAUCACCAAACUGCAUCAGUGGAUCUCCAGCAUCCCGCCUGUCAAGGUUAGCAUUGGCAGCAGCACGUCCUGCCAAGUGCGACUGGACGGACUUGGUAUUCGGGAGGCGAUGUGUCAAGUUUCGUGGCAGCCUGGGUGCGAUGUGGAGGUUCAGGUGAACGCCGAUGACUUUGCCACAUUUGAGAGGCAAGGAUCCCUCUACAAGGGCGGAGCACCAAAGGUCUCCAUCAACAACCGGCGAGUCAAAGACGCUGCGACGCUCCAGCCUGGGGACGUGUUGCAGGUUGGACAUGGACAUGUGUUUCGACUUUACGGCCCAGCGACAAGGCAGAACCGCCCACUGCGGAGGUCCAACAGCAAGACAGGCCUGCGACCGAAGAGGCCGCCCGGAGUGCCGGAGUCCCUGGUCGAGGACCUGGAGGCAGAGCUCGGGCUCGAGCGCGCCUCGGCCGUCGUGGCCUUCCUCCAGGAGCUCCAGCCUCUGUUGGAGGAGGCCGCGGACCUGACGCAGGAGCUUCGGGGCAAGCGCCUAGUCUUUCAGGCAGAAGUUCUACGGGAUGGACUUGAAGCAUCCGCUCGCUCAAGCAGGCCUGACCAAGAGGUUGUCAUCGCUUUGCGUGAAGGCGUGGACACGUCCGAGAAGGGCCCCACAGGCGACGUGGAUGGAGCCCUCCUGUCGGUCUGGUCUGUCGAGAAGUUACAUCAAAGGCUCGAGGCCAUGCGAGACUUGUACCACGAGGUGAGCCAGCGUGCUCAGCCUUGGAACGAAGAGGACGACAACCCAUGGGAGGAUGUCUCAGUGAGCGAUGCGAUGGCACAUCCUAGGAUCGAUCAGGGCACAAGCACGACUACGGCAUCGCCGUGCACGGCACAUGCCGCUUCUGAGGAGGAUUGGCAGGAGCUGAACUCCAGCAGCAUCACUCUCCUCUGUCCAUCUCAAGCUACUGCGAACCAGUCGCUCGGAGAGCCAAGCGCCUGCAUGGCAACUGUUCCGAGCGACGCUGGGACACUGGUCGAUGCGAGUCUAUCGCCGUGCCAGGACCAGGGCACCAGCAUGACUCCGAUUCUGGCAGAGAGGGCGAUCGCGAGCCCUUUGAGCAUGCCGCCUCCAAGCACCAGCAGUGCUGCUGUGCAAGCCACCGACUUCGUGGGCGAAUCUGAAUUUCUGCAUCAGUUCGCCCAGGAGCCUGUAGCAGAAGAUCUUCUCACGAGAGACUGUCAAGCGCAGACGGAACCACUAGGUCCGAGGAAGCUUUCCAAGUCCCGAGACCAAGAGCCACCCCGACUGCAGCGAACGCAGAAGGGGAUGCCAGAUCCGAGUAAGAGGCAAUCAAGUCGCUGGGCAAUGAAGGAUAACGGGCUGCCGACUGUUCUGAAGGAUUUGGCCCAAACAGUGUCGGCACGGCGUCACUCCAAGGAGACGGCUGGCCAGAGGGAGGGCCAGGGCCCCCGCAAGGAAAGUCCCCACAAGCAGGGUGCCCAAAGCCGGCACCAGAAUCCACGGCCUCAGCAGGGCCAGGGCCAGGGCCCUCCUCGGGUUGCAUCGGUGGACGCAAAGGACCGUCCGCUGUCAAUCUUCGCAAAGCGACAAGCAAGCCAAUCCCCGAAGGAAGAGGAGCCGGUGAAGCCGAAAUCGGCAACCCCGUCUCGAGAGGAGCGGUCGCCAGACCGGCAGCAAGAUCGCCAACGGCAGGACCAUGCUUCUUCGGCUCCAGCACAGCGCGGGAGACAGUCAAACUCACCUAAGACGUCAUCCGCCCGACGGAGUCGAAGCGAUGCAGAUCCAAACCGGGACAAGGACCUUCCUGAGGUCGACUUGUUCCAGAUACCCGAGCAGCUGCGAGAGGCUCGCCGUCGUACAUCUGAACUCGAGGCGCAGUUGGCAGAGCUGCGGCAGCGCUUGCAACAACAGGAACAUCGUGUGCUGGCAGCUGCCCCAUUCUUCCCGCCGCCGCGGGGAGCAGUGCUGACUCCACCUCCAGCUUUCUCGGCACGAGCACCUGGCGACAGAGCAGUCUUCUGUUCAACGACUGCUCCGGUCUCUCCAUUGACAACAGACCGCGUUGCACCAGAGGCCAGAAAGUUUAUGUCUCUGCAGGUACCACCAGGUGACAGAGAUCACAGAGAGCGUGAGGACCCAGCUGGCGACAAGCUCGUUUCUCCGCUGGUCAGUGCACGCAGUCGAAGCCCGCAGCGACAGCCUUUGAUGGAGCCUUGGAUGGCCCGCUCACAAACUCCGCCAGCCAGGUCAGAUGCGCAAUUGAUAUAUUAUCGCCAGGCCUAUUUCCCUUCACGGGAGUCUUUACCAGCACCUCCGAAUUCAGUCCGGAUGGUAUCACCCACGCCAGUGACACCGGUGCCAGUCCUUGGCAAUCCACCAGCGAUUGUCCAAAGGUACAGUGUCACAAGUCCAGUUCGAGUUGGAGAGUGGCAGAGGCGAGUUCAGCCAACUACCACCUUCUGGUUUCAGCAGCCGUUUGUGGCCAGACAAACUGCGCCACCUUCGGGACAUCCAGGACCGGGUUCACUCAACGAGCCAGUGGGGCCACCUACAACAGGACAAGCUCCACUGGCCCAAGAUGCUUUACCUGCCUCAAGCGACAGGCGCUCUAGCUUUCGUGCGGGCUGCUGA